AUGGCUGAAUUGCAAAAAGAUUGGGUAACAAUUCCGAGCGAAUUAAUCGGUUCUAUUCCUCGUUCAGUUGAACUAGUCGAAGCACAACGAACAUGGCGAGAUGGAGAAUUAACAACAGAUCAGUUAGCACUUUUACAAGAAAAAGAUUUACAAAAUGUUCUUUUCGAGCUACAACGUACUGGUUCCGUACAACUUACCGAUGGUGAAUUGACCAAACCAUCGUUUUUCAAUUAUCCAAUUUAUGCUUUGGUUCAAUAUAAAUUUUCUUUCGACGAAAGAAAUCUUCCAACCAUCAUCGAUAUUCAUGGUCAUCAGCGAUCAGUUCCUAAACUUAUCGAUGCACCAUUUCGCUACAGCACCUUUGCAGUUGAAUAUCUCCGUACAGCACAGAAGUAUACGAAACAUCCAUUAAAACAAGCUGUCAUAGCUCCAUCGGCCUUAUCAAUUCUCUAUAUGACUGAAAGCAUUGAUCAGUAUUCGAGAGAAGAGUUUCUCGAUGAUUUAAUCAAUGAAGCUGAAAAAGAUGUUCGCCAAUGUUUGGAAGCAGGCGCCGAUAAAGUUCAAUUGGACUUUGCGAAAACUGAAUUGACUCUGAAAAUGAAACAAAAUGCAAAUUUGCUGAAAGAAUUCAUCGAGAUCAAUAAUCGAUUACUGAAUCGUUUCAGUCGAGAAGAACAAAAGAAAAUCGGAGUACACGUUUGUUCCGAUAAUAAAGCUGACAACGUUCAAUCUCCUGGUAUCGAUUAUUCGGAAGUUUUAGAACAAGUUUUUCAACUACAUCUGAAUAACUUUUAUUUACGAUUAUCAUCGGACCAAGAUCCAGACAAGAUUCUAUCGCUGAUCAGUAAAUUGAUCCAACCACACCACCGUGUUUUCAUCGGCGUCACUGAUCCAACCAAUGGACAUGUUGAAACGGCUGAAGAAAUCAGAGAUUUGAUUCUCAAAGCGGCGAAAUACAUUCCAAUCGAUCAAUUAGGCACUACUGAUGACUGUGGCUUUGCUCCAUACAAUGACAGCGAAUCGAUAUCGAGAGAAAAGUGUUACGACAAGAUACGAGCAAGAAUCCAAGGUACAAAAUUAGCUGAGGAAAUCUUAAAUCAACCGUUAUAG